CACGGCGCCCCUGGUGGCUGAAUGCUAAAAGUGUUCCUUUUAGAGGAGAAUGAGGCGUAGGGAGCAUCGUUGUCAUUCCCGUUUCCUGUCUUCAUGAUUGUUGAUGAAGAGCGAGCAGUGAAACACAGGGGGCUGGAAAGCGACACUCCAUGCGUCAUGGCCCGGGAUAAAAAGGAUAGAGAUAGCUGGGGGUCUUUUGUGGACAAGCAUGUAUUUGAGUGGAGCUCUGAGGAAGAGGAGCCAGACGGUAAGGCUCGGCCAGUGCAAGUUUUGGUGGUGAAGGAUGAUCACACGUUCGAGCUGGAUGAAGCAGCGCUGAAUCGUAUCCUUCUAGCCAAAGACCUCAGAGACAGAGAGAUAGUUGCGAUAUCUGUUGCCGGAGCUUUCCGGAAGGGGAAGUCCUUCCUUAUGGACUUCAUGCUACGCUACAUGUAUAACCAGGCGAGUGAAGACUGGGUGGGAGAUCCUGCUCAGCCUUUGACAGGAUUCUCAUGGAGAGGAGGCUCUGAGAGAGAGACCACAGGCAUCCAGAUCUGGAGCGAAGUCUUCCUAGUGGACAAACCAGAUGGAAACAAGGUGGCAGUGCUGCUGAUGGACACACAGGGAACGUUUGACAGCCAGUCCACAUUGAGAGACUCAGCUACUGUAUUCGCCCUCAGUACCAUGAUCAGCUCCAUGCAGGUGUAUAACAUAUCACAGAACGUCCAGGAGGAUGACUUGCAGCACCUGCAGUUAUUUACAGAAUAUGGUAGACUGGCAAUGGAGGAAACAUUCCUCAAACCAUUCCAGUCAAUGAUUUUCCUAGUGAGAGAUUGGAGUUUUCCGUACGAGUUUUCCUAUGGACUAGAGGGAGGGAUGAAGUUCCUGGAGAAAAGACUAAAGAUUUCAGAGAACCAGCAUGAAGAGCUGCAGAAUGUGAGAAAGCACAUUCACUCCUGCUUUACCAACAUCUCCUGCUUCCUCAUGCCACACCCGGGCCUCAAGGUCGCCACUAACCCCCUCUUUGAUGGCAGACUCAAGGAGAUUGAUUCUGAGUUCAUCAGUAACCUGAAGGUGCUGGUGCCAUGGCUACUGAGCCCUAAAAACCUGGACGUUAAAGAAAUCAAUGGCAGCAAGAUUACCUGCAGAGGCCUGUUGGAAUAUUUUAAGGCAUAUAUAAAGAUUUAUCAAGGGGAAGAGUUGCCUCACCCAAAGUCCAUGCUACAGGCCACUGCAGAGGCAAAUAACCUGGCAGCUGUAGCUGCAGCUAAAGACCUGUAUAACCGAAAGAUGGAGGAGGUAAGUGGGGGUGACCGGCCCUUUCUGGCCCCGAGUGAGCUGCAGGCUCGUCAUGCAGUAAUCCGUGAUGAAGCCCUAGCUGUGUUUCGUGGUGUGAAAAAGAUGGGUGGUGAGGAGUUCAGUCGGCGCUACCUGCUGCAGCUGGAGGCAGAGAUCGAUGAGCUCUUUGUGCAGUAUAUCAAGCACAAUGAUUCCAAGAACAUCUUCCAUGCAGCACGGACGCCCGCCACACUCUUUGUGGUCAUCUUCAUUAUGUAUGUGGCGGCGGGCAUCACAGGCUUCGUGGGUGUGGAUGUGAUCGCCAGCGUGUGCAACAUGGUUCUGGGUUUCGCUCUCAUCACGCUCUGUACCUGGGCCUAUAUCCGCUACUCCGGCGAGUACAGAGAGCUUGGAGCCCUCAUAGACCAGGUAGCUGGAGCGCUGUGGGACCAGGGAAGCACUAAUGAGGCUCUGUAUAAAUUGUAUAAUGUGGCUGCCAAUCAUAGGCAGCUAUACAACCAUGCUUUCCCCAGACACCAAACUGAGCAACACCCUGAACAGAAUAAGAAGAGAAACUGAGCACACACACCUACACAUUACACGUGCACACACACACAGGCCCAAAUGUACACCACUCUGUCGAAGAGAUGCUCCAGCCAUAGCACACUUGAGCUUUUUGGAUCAUGUAUGAGACAUCAUGGACAGACAGAAAGAGAAAUCAUGAGAAAUAGAAAAAGCAACAAGUUCACAUUAUUGCUGAAUAAGGAACAAAGGUCAGAUUCAGUUGCCAUGGCAUCUUAUGCCACUUAUAGCUCAUAGAAGUCCAGUCUAAUGUAUAAUAGCUGCUGGAAAUUUAGUAAUGGAAAUUGGAAUCCCAAGAUCUAGAUCCAACUCAGCCUGGAUUUUCCACCAACAAGAUGUUGGUACUACUUCAGGGAACCAAUUAACAAACCACUCCCCUUUUCCACUGAGUUAAAAGCCGAACCCUUAUAUAAUCAGUGCAUAUCUUACCACCCAAAGUAAAAUUUAUUAUAUGCAAAAUUGCUACUAUGAGUUACUAUCUUUUACUAUAAGGUAUUAAAUUGUUUCACACCACCAAUACGUUGUCAGAUGCAUUUGCACAGGAUAUACAUAUGUGGCACUUAUUCACAUUAAUAAACAUUAAUAGAGUUUCUCCUAUCCAGUUGUUGUGACUGUAAAUAUCAUACUUGCUUGCUUGUCAUGUUUUGAAAAUUCUUAGAACUAUAUUUUGUUUUUAGAGCUGUAAUCAUUUUUUUCCAUUCGAGAAUCACAACUUUUGCAGUGGAAAUGCACUGUUUUCAGAUUAGGCACUGGUAUCUUGUUGGUGGAAGAAGGCUAUGAAAUGACUGCUGUUGCAGCUAAGCAAACUGUGCAUGUGGAUAGUCUUACUUGUCUAGUGCUGUUUUGUUUUAUGUUGUCCAAAAUAGAUUAAAUCACUUGGUUUAGAAAAUGUGAAUUUGACUGGAUUUAUAAGUGACCCGGAUUAGAAAAUCUCCUGGAUAUUAGGUUAAAAGUGCAGAGUGAAAGAUUUCCUUUCCUAACCACAUCCACAUCAAAUCGAUCUGAUUUUACCGCAUUAAAGCAGCAUGGCUUGCAUCUUUUAAGUAAGAUUUAUCAUUUUUAAUAGUACAAUAUUACAUCUUAGCUGUGAUAGUGUGAAGCUUUAUUCUGGUCUGGUUCACAGUAAUUUACAAUCAUGCCUGCUUCUGAAGGAAUUCUUCAGUCCCACAGUUAUAAUGUGCGUGUGCGUGUGUGUGUGUGUAUGUGUAUAUGUAUAUAUAUAUAUAUAUAUAUAUAUAUAUAUAUAUAUAUAUAUAUAUAUAUAUGAUUGCCAUGAUUUGAUUGGUCUAGAGUCCCUAGGAUUGGACAAACCAGAAGAAAUUGGUGAAAUAUUCUGAAGCGGUCAGUAAGAUUUGGUCCAGAAUUUCUUUAGGAAUGGGGAGGAUUUGACAAACAUCCUAAGAAGGGGAAUUAUUGGUCAAACUUUAAGAUAGAGUGGACUGGAUUUGUCAAGAAUUCCCUUGGAUGCAAGCAUGACUGGACUAGGACUCCUUUGGGACCCAUAAGGAGUGGUUGACUCUUCUGAGGGAACAGGCAGGAUUUGUCAAGAAUUCCUCUAAGAAAGUUGAAAGAAUUGGUCAGACUUUCUGUGGGUGUAGGCAGAUUUGUCAAGAAUUCCUUCAGGGCAGGCAAUAUUGGUCAAGAUUUCCUUUAGGAGUCAGAAGAACUGGUCAAAUCUUCUGAAACGACACAAUUGGUCAAUAGUACCUUUAGAAAUGGGAAGAAUUGUUCAGACUUUCUGAUGGAGUGGGAUGUAUUUGUCAUGAAUUGAGCUGUAAGGUGUGGUCUAACACUCUGAGGGAAUAGGAAGGAUUUGUCAAGAUUUCCUUUGGAACAGGCAAGAUUGGUCUAGAAUUCCUUUAGGAUUCCUUUGCUUAGACCUUCUGAGGGAGUGUUGCAGAUUUGUCAAAAUUCCUUAAAGGAGUAUUCAGGAUUUGUCAAGAAUACCUUUGGGAGUGAUUGGUCAAAGUUUUGAUGGGAGUGGACAGGGUUGAUCAAACUUUCUGAGGGGACUGACAAGAUUGGUCAAAAUUAAGCAGUCCAAAUUAGCUUGACUGAUUAGCUUAAUGAGUUUAGACAAAAAGAUAGUUAUAGACACAUAUGUACACAGACACCCUCCUCCAUAAAAGCUUUGCAUUGUAAAUCUUUAAGCAGAUAUCACCCACUUUUGAUUUUAUAACACAAUGUAAAUCUAAAUCUUACCCUCUGUGCUUUUAGUAUAUAGAUACAUUUUCCUAGCAAUUAAAGGCAAUCUUUUGUGUGCUGGUAACAAAGUAGAAAUAUGUUGAUGCUGAAGGUAUAAGGGCGAUAUAGCAUGGUUCACUUAAGUGCAUAAGUGUUGUGCUGAAUGAGCUUAAUCUCAUUCUGUACAUUUGCUGUUUCUGCCUGAAGUGUGGCCAGAUGACUGUAGAUCCACCACAGUUAAGAAAAUCAUUUGUUCACCAUAAAUAAACAUAACCUAAUACACUUAUAACCCAAUAUUCUUGCCAUACAUUCACACACUAUAAAGCAAAGACAAACCUGUGCUCAUGGCUGUGGAACACUAUCCUGGCUGGGUUACACUCAUACUGUUUUAUUUUGGUGUCUUGUUUUAUGUUGAAACCAGUGCUAUUUAUAAAGAAUUAAAUAUUACAUGUUUAAAGGUGA